GGAAAUGUCUCACCGAAAGUUCUCUGCGCCACGCCACGGCUCCCUGGGUUUCCUGCCCCGCAAGAGGUGCAGGCGCUCCAAGGGGAAGGUUAAGGCUUUUCCCAAGGAUGACGCCAGCAAGCCUCCACAUCUUACCGCCUUCAUGGGCUACAAGGCCGGCAUGACCCAUGUACUGAGGGAAGUCGAGAGAACUGGAGCAAAGUCAACCAAACGAGAGGUGGUAGAUGCAGUGACGAUCAUAGAAACCCCUCCCAUGAUGGUUGUCGGAGUGGUUGGCUACAUCGCUACACCAAAAGGCAGGCGUGCUUUCAGGACCAUCUUUGCCGAACACUUGAGCGAUGAGUGCAGGCGUCGCUUCUACAAGAACUGGUACUCCUCCAAGAAGAAGGCAUUCACCAAGUACGCCAAGAAGUGGCAGGACGAGGACGGCAAGAAGCAGAUUGAGAAGGACUUCAAGCAGAUGAAGAAAUACUGCAUCAACAUCCGUGUCAUUGUCCACACUCAGAUGAAGGACCUGCCUCACCGUCAGAAGAAGUCCCACAUCAUGGAGAUCCAGGUGAACGGUGGCACCAUCGCGGAGAAGGUGGACUGGGCGCGGGAACAUCUGGAGAAACAGAUCCCCGUCUCCCAGGUCUUCGGCCAGGACGAGAUGAUCGACAUCAUCGGUAUCACCAAGGGCAAGGGCUUCAAGGGUGUGACCUCCCGUUGGGGAACCAAGAAGCUCCCCCGUAAGACCCACAAGGGUCUGCGUAAGGUGGCCUGUAUCGGCGCCUGGCAUCCUGCUCGUGUGGGCUACGGUGUCGCCCGUGCUGGUCAGAAGGGCUACAACCAUCGCACGGAGAUCAACAAGAAGGUGUACCGUGUGGGCGCGGGCAUCCAUGUGAAGGACGGCAAGGUCGUCAAGAACAACGCCGCCACCGAGUACGAUCUGACGGAGAAGACUAUCACUCCACUGGGUGGCUUCCCCCACUACGGUGAAGUGAAGAAUGACUUCAUCAUGAUCAGGGGCUGCUGUGUCGGACCUAAGAAGCGUGUGCUCACCCUGCGCAAGUCUCUUCUGGUCCAGACCAGCCGCAGGUCCCAGGAGAAGAUCACGCUCAAGUUCAUCGACACCUCGUCCAAGUUCGGUCACGGCCGCUUCCAGACCAUCGCAGAGAAGAAGGCCUUCAUGGGUCCUCUCAAGAAGGACAAGGAAAUCAAGGAGACUCCAGUGGCCUGAGAAACCCCUGCAGACCCCGAACUAUUGGGCCAAGGAACAGCACUUAAACCUUCUGGUCAAAGCUGGUUCUGACAAUAAAACAAAUGAAAUGAAAAGUGGAUA